AUGGCAGCUGUCAUGUCGACCAAGGCUCCUCCCGUCGGACUCGCCCCCCUGAAGAUCGGGCCAGCAGCAGGAGUAGGGGCACCAGGUGCAGGUGCAGCACAAGCACGAGCAGGCUCAAUUUCUGCUGGUUCAAUGUCGCCGACGAAUCCGAUCUCUAGCGCUGCAUCCACCCCCACCCCCACCUCAGCAGCCCCCAGCCCACUGUCGGCCACCACCACCAACCGUAAUUCUCCAUACCCGACUCAACCCGCCAAAACCACUACCGUCUCCGCUACCGCUUCUCAGCAUCAUCAUCAACAACACCCUCAUCAUUCAUCAACAACCUCAAUAUCGAGGCCACCCAUCCAGCCUGCGCAGCCCAGGAAGUCUCUUCCCGCGUCUCCUGCUGCCACCACCCCAGUCAACAAGAUGUCCAUGGCAUCGGUCAUCUCGCCGAUGCCGGGCCCUCCCGUGGCAAAGGCCCCAAUCUCGAUGACUUCCAAGGAAUGGGUCAUCCCGCCCAGGCCGAAGCCCGGCAGGAAGCCCGCCACUGACACACCGCCCACCAAGCGCAAGGCUCAGAACAGGGCUGCUCAGAGGGCCUUCAGGGAGAGGAGGGCCGCCCGUGUCGGCGAGCUCGAGGAGCAGCUGGACAGUGAGAGGGAGGAGCACGAGGCCGCCCAGGCCGCGCUGCAGGAGAAGGUUCACCGCCUGGAGAUGGACUCGCAGGCCCUGCAGUCACGAUGUGAGGUGUUGGAGAAUAUGCUCGACAAGGAGCGUGUCGAGCGGGCAAAGGAGGUCGAAGUCCUCACCAGGAGGCUGCAUGAGGCCACCCAGAACCAGAACCAGACUCACAACCACCACCACCACCCUGCGCGGCAGAGCCUGCCGUCCAUCUCAUCUGUUUCCGAGUCGCAGGGUACCUAUGCACCACAACCCUUGCGGUACCACCGCCCAUCUGCGCCCUCUCGUCUCUCUCACCUCGGCAGGGCCAGCACGUCUGGCUUCACCGCCAAGUCCACGCCCGCAGCUGGACCCCAGCCCCAUAGGCCGUCGACUACGAACUCAUUCUCCAUCUCCCAGAUCAUCAGCCCGCCAGAUGACAUCGAGCAAGCGCCAACCAGCUGUGGCUCGUGCGAAAGUGAUGGUCGCUGUGCAUGUGCAGAUGAGGCCAUGGCCAGCAUGCCCGUUGGUUGCGGCAACUGCACCCUCGGCUCGCGCUGCCAGUGCCUUGAGGAAGUCCUCAAUGGGGCAGCCGACAACCACAACCCUUUCCAAGAAACCGGGAGCAGGACCAAUUCGGUGUCUCACCCCCAGCCAACACCGAGCCGCACGGCCAAGCGCACUAUCCGGUCCAUCUCUCCCAGUUCCACAGCGCCCGAGGAGAAGCGCCCCAGGCCGUCGCUGUCACUAGCCGCCAACGAGACGGAUUUUACCGCCAUGUUCUCGCGCCAGCCCAAGCGCGUCUCUCCGUCCAACAACUCGACAGCUCCAGCACAACCCACCGCGGGGCCAGUCAACGCCAUUGGGACGCCCUAUAGCAAUGCACCCAGCCCGUACUCCCUGGCACCUAUCGACAAUCAGGCGGCUGACUCACCCGCACCAGAGGACCGCUGCGGAUUCUGCGAGGAUGGCACCUACUGCGUCUGUGCAGAGGCAGCGAAGAAUGCGGCUGCUGCAUCGCAACCGCCAGCAAAUGAGUCGGUCACCCUGCCGCCCAUCACAUCGUCUGCGGCAUUCUCAGUCCAGCAGUCCCGCACGCCUCCGCCGUCCGAAGGCGAUGCUAUCGGUUAUGAGAUCCUACCGGACGGUUCGGUCAAGCUGCCGAGUUUAAAGGGUCUCUCAGCACGAAACAAGCUUAACGUCGACAACGGCAACACUAUUGCUAAGCCCUCAACCGGUGGCUGUGGCUCCGGUGGCCCAGGAACUUGUGCACAGUGCCUCGCGGACCCGAAGUCCGGUCUUUUCUGUCGGUCACUGGCGGCGAGCUUCAAAAGCAAGAACGGAGAAUCCAGCGGCGGGUGCUGUGGUGGUGGUGGACCAGGUGGUGGAUGCUGCAAGGACAAGACGCAGAACAGUAACGGCGGUGCAAGUGUGAAGCUCUCAUGUGCGGAUGCCUACAAGACCUUGGCUAGCCACCGCAACUUCAGCGAGGCGGCUGACGAUAUUGGCGCCUGGCUACCGAUGCUGAGGGCAGCGCCGGCGAGGCCACGGGAGCCAGAGGUUGGCGGCUGUAGUGGUGGCAAGGCUGGCGGCAGCUCGAGAACGCCGAUCGAGGUCGAGGCGGCUAGCAUUAUGGGCGUGCUCAAGGGGUUUGACGUGCGGUUCGGGAGGGGGGAAUAA